GAGUAGCAUCAGCAUUUUUGUAUCACGUGGUUGCAUUGCGUCAUCCUGAAGUGAUAAAACUCAAGAAGUAACUGACAGGAAUAAGUGCGUAUUCACAAAGGAAUAAUUUUCCAUUGAUUUUUAAAUAUUUUUAUUAUCAUAUGAGUGCGUCUCGAUUUCAUCUCUCCGAGAGAAAAAGAAUUCAAAGAAGCAGAAGCAAAACUUUUCAACCGUUCGUUUCGUCGAUAUUAAAUAUUACGCUGCCACAAAGUCAAGUCGCCGUCAUGUCGACAUCGACGGAAAAAUUGUCCUCUUCCCCUGAAAAUGCAGAUGUAGAAAAAAGAAAUUUAGGAACAAAAAUUAACGAAAAAGGAGAGAUGCAGAAGGAUGAGGAGGAAAAUUUGCAAUGCAUUCUGGCAAGGGAGUUAUAUCCAGAGGAUCUUAGAAGCUGGCCAAUCUUCAGUCUGCUAGAACCGGAAUUUAUCCCGCAAAUUCACACAGUUGUUGUAUAUGGUAACUUGGGUAAUGGGGCUAUAAUUGUGACCAAGGACAAGAAUGUGUACAAUUUAGGUUUUGAUAAAGAUGAUUGUUCGACGGCUGGUGACAAACGUGCUUUCUGCUUAAAAAAGAUAGAAGAAUUGUGUGGAAAAAAUCUAAAAACUUUUGCUCACAACUCAUAUUUUAUUCUGGCCCUUACAGAAGAGGGGGAGGUUUAUUACUGGAAAUUCAUCAACUACAAAUCGGGAGUUGAGGAAUCCAGGCCUACUCGCGUUGCCGGUUUAAGCGAAAAACGUAUCGUGGACAUCGCAUGCGGCAGUAGUCAUUCUCUUGCUCUCACCAGCGAUGGAAAGGUGUAUGCUUGGGGAGAAAAUAAUUUUGGACAAGUUGGUAACGAAAACACAGCUAUUUUUAAUGGUAGUGUGCCAAGGCAGGUGAAACAUGAAUUGGAGAAGAAGAAUGUUAUCCAUAUCGCCUGCGGUUUAACGUUUAACAUGGUUGUAACUGACGAAAACAAACUAUAUGGUUGGGGCAACAACGAGAGCGGCCAGAUUUCAUCCGAUAAUACUUCUUUUUCUAUGACUACCUUUAAUGGCGGUUCUACCGAUCAUCGUACAUCAGUCUUUACACAUUCCUUACAAAAUUCACCUAUGUUCGGUAGUUCAUCAAACUCUAAAAAUUUAUUCGGCUGUAGCACAACAUCCAUCAAUAAUGUCCAGUCGCAAAAACAUUAUGUGUACCCACGCGAAAUUACUUAUGAUAUGAUCUCAAGUAAAAUAGUUAAAGUUGCUUGCGGAUACGAGCAUACAUUGGCUCUCACAAAUAAUAGAGAGGUCUUUGCUUGGGGCAAAAACCAUAUUGGACAACUGGGCGGUAAUUAUAACAUGCAAUCCUCCCGUCCAAUCAAGGUGAAUACGCCUAAGAUGAGAGAGGUGUUGGACAUCGCUGCCCACGGUAACUUGAGCGUUGCCGAAGGCUCUGAUAGAACUAUUUAUGUAUGGGGUGACUAUUUCGGGCAAUGUAUUACUACUCCAUUUCGCACGACGUUUUCAAGGAUUCACGAUCCAUUUGCGUACAAUAGCUGCAGAGUCAUGCACAAGCCAUUGACUGUAUCUACAAAUAUUUACGAGUACGCCAAAGAAGUAUUGAAAAUAGUGGAAUCCUUAGGAACAGGAUUCGAUGACCCAUCAACGAGCGAUUUUACGAUACAAGUCGAAGGACAAUCUAUUCACGUUCACAAGGUUAUUCUUAAGAGACGCUGCCAAUAUUUCAAGAAAAUGUUCGAAGGCGAUUGGACUGAAAUUGAUCAAAAUUUUUUUUUUGACAGUAUGUUAGAUUUAUCACCAGUAUACACCGUAUCAGAUAAAUUUUCUUACAUCGUCUAUAAAGCUUUCUUGAAAUACUUGUAUACUGGCAAAAUUGAUUUACCUGCGGAGAAAACAUUAGAGCUUAUGAAAUUGGCCGAUUUAUAUAAUGAAACCAAUCUUAAAAAAAAUUGCAGUCAGAUAAUAAAGCAAGCCAUUACUGUGUCAAAUGUAGCUUUCUUCUAUAAUGAAGCGAUCAAAUACAAUGCUAAGGAACUCGAGGAAUCCUGUUUACAGUAUGCUUUCAGUCACCUGACAGCUGUAGUAGAAUCAGAGGAUUUUGCUAAGUUAGAUGUGAAUACAAUACUUAAGUUUUUACGCAAAGCAGCUAAUGGAAAUGUUUUUAAAACAUAAUUUUUUUAAAAUGCAAGUUUCGAGCCAAACUGUCAAUUGUUUUUUAUUCUUACAUAUGCAUUAAUCCAGUUACCAAUCCAUAGUUUAACAUUACAUAAUAUAAAUAUGCA